ACAACCCUAAGCCUUUUUUGAUGGCGGGCAAUGUUGUCAAUCGUAGGUCGGAACUUUACUAGAUAACUUUGCCCAUCGUCAUAACGGUAACAUAAGGUUUGAAAAGACCUUGAGCAAUGAGACUAAUAUUCAUAAACUCUUCAAAUAAUUUUCUAUGACAUGUUAUAAAGUAAACUCACCUGUGUUUUCGCCAUCUCGCAGAAUCUACUUACAAAGUUGCACUAAAAUUUGCCCGCAAAAACACACACCUCACUCGACGAGUUCUAACAAGUUACUAAGCAAAGUUAGCAACAAUCACGAUAGUCAGUAUUGCCAUAAAUAUAACCUAUUUUCCACCACAAUCAAUCAAUGUUGCCAUAACAUUAAAAUAUUUUUGGAAAUUUAAGAUAUGCUUAUAAAUUGUUCUUCGGGCAAAGUUUCCCUUGGGGGCAAAGUUGGCGUGUUUCACGGUAAUUAGAUUGUUAUAUCUAUAGCGUAAAAACAUUUAAGCAAUUCUAAGACGGGGAAUUCACUAGACGGACAUGCCCGCGGGCAGUCUGUCCGGACAAGUCGGUUGCUGCAAUACACUGCACAGACUUAUCAGUUUGUGUUCGACAGCGCAUGUGGAAAGUUCUAUUUUGCGUCCAUAUUACGAUGGCAACAAAACGAAGAAAAAUCGCAUUAGUUGCUGGUGCUGCAUUAAUAUUAUUUGAGGAAAAGAAAAAGAAAAGAAUUUGGUGCAAAGAUUGGUACAAAAAAAGAAAUAUGUAUAGCCAUAUCAAUUUACUUAAGGAAUUAGAAAUUAAUGAAUCAGGAGAUUUGUACAAUUACUUGCGUAUGGAUAAAGAAUCAUUUCAAUAUUUAUUACAACUGAUAGAACCUAGAAUUACUAAACAAAAUACUAAAAUGAGACAAUCGGUGACUGCAGAAGAACGAUUACUUGCUACGCUGAGAUAUUUAGCUACGGGUAGAACAUAUGCAGACAUGAAAUUUAGUUGUGCAAUAUCACCUCAACUUUUAGGGAAAAUUAUACCGGAGACAUGUAGAGAAUUGUUUAAGGCAUUAAAAAGAGAAUUUAUUAAGUUUCUGGCAAAAAUGGAUUCGCCUCAACCUGGCCCAUCAAACUGGGAUCCCUUAUCUGCUGAGUUGUCUGGCUUAAUGUCUCCUCAGAAUAUCGAUUUGACGGACACACCAAUGGUUGAUAUUAGUGAUGCAGAUCUAUAUGGCAUUUUGUCAGAUUGCCGGAAACUGCAGAAAACCACGCUCUGCUACCACUGUUAGUUAUUUUGGCAGGAUCGAGGAAUAAUAAUAAAGCUUUUCACCUUUUAAACACUUUUUCUUUUAUUUCUUAUAUUCUUCAGUUACAAUACAACUUACAAAUCUUA